AUGCAAACAACAGGACUGAACAACUAUUAUAGAAACUCGUCCCUUCCCACAGAAGAGGCACACGAGGAGCAGGCAGACCAGUGCAGCAGAUUCUUCAAGGUUUUAAAGGUAGAGUACCCAAAGUUCUUCACUAUGGCAUUCCUUUACUACUGCAUUGUUCUUGCAUACUCCAUUCUUAGAGACACAAAAGAUGCAGUUGUAUUAGAUAGAAUGUUACCCGCUUCAAUUCAGUAUCUUAAAUCAUUCAUAGUCAUGGGAGUAACCAUGGGAUUCGCAGUUGUUUUCCAGCUUCUUUUGGCAAGAGGAAUCACUCUUGAGAGACUUAUGUUUGUUUUCAAUGCAGGAUUCGGAAUAUUCUUCUUUGUGUACGCUCUUAUUCUGCUUCCAAGCAUGAACUACAUUGAGCCAUACAAGUUCUGGAUACACGACAUCUUCGCAGAUAAGAAAAUGUUCAUCAACGGGCUUUCAUUCUUGCAGGGAUUCUUCCUUACCAUUAACUUCUGGACAGGAACUCUCAUCUACAUCUCUGCCGAGCUCUGGGGUAACAUUAUGGCUUCCCUCAUGUUCUUCGCAGUUGCAAACGAAAUCUGCCCUCUGAAGCAGGCUCUGCGGUUCUACCCUCUAUUCAUUAUUGCAGCCAAUCUCGGAUUAGUGACUUCCGGAGGAUCUAUGAUGCUGAACUACUAUGUUCUUACAUCAUUCCCCCAGCACAAGACAAAGAUUAUCAGUGGAUUUGUCACCUUUGUGUCAGCACUGUGCGCUGUAAAUGUCUUCACAUACAGACAUCUUGUUAAGAACAUUAUCCCAUACCCCAUCUACAUUAUGUCAGAGGGUGCACAGCAAAGAGCAAAGAGCAAGGAAAAGAUUGGUAUCAUCGACGGAUUCAAGAUUAUGCUUAAGACCCCUAUUGUCUUCCAUCUUUCCAUCACAGUGCUUGCCUAUGGGCUAUGCACCAACUUGACCGAGGCCGCAUUCAAGUCUGCACUGAGAAGCACCUCCAAGUCCCAGGGAACAGAUGUCAUGACAAGUGUCGUCUAUGUACAAGGAAAGCAGCAAAUAACAAUUGGUCUUAUGGUCAUUAUGAUUCUUCUGUCUCCAGUCAAGUCAUUAAUUCAAAAGAGAGGAUGGAACAGUCUAGGAGUGAUCACCCCAGCAGUCAGUUUGUUCAGUGCUCUUUUCUUCCUUACUCUUGUGUGGGCCAACUCCUCCGUGACAGUAACUGGAAAGGAAGCAGAAAACCUUCUGAACAGAAUCGGAAAGAAGCUCUUCACUUCUCUUGGAUGGGUUGAAAGACCAGUGCUUGAGUCUGAGGUAGGAUUCUACGCAGUCAACUGCAUAAAGAUUAUGAAGUACGCAGCAUUCGACAUUGGUAAGGAAGCCAUUGGUAUCAAGAUUCCAAAGGAGUACAAAGCCAGAUUCAAGGGAGUUUAUGACGGAGUUUGCGGUAAGCUUGGAAAGUCUCUCUCAUCAAACGUUCAAAUUGUCAUAUUAGGUCUUCUUAACUUAAACGACAUCAGAACCGCAGCAGCUCUGCUUGUUGUUUCCGUUCUGAUGGUAUGCACAAUGUGGAUGUUCUCCACAAUCUACCUAGGAAGAAAGUACGACGAGGCUGUGCGAGAGGAUAGAGAUCUAUACAUUGGCGAGGCGUCUAGCAGUAAACAGCUGAAAAAAGAGAGCAAGCUAGUUCAAUAA